GUCGUUUUUUGCCGCUUCAAUUCGGUCUCUUUUGCAUCAAUCUCUUUAAUACUUCUUCCGAUUGACGAACUAUCCCGCCAUCGCUUUCGAUCUCAUUCUUAAAUCCCUUGUGCAUACUUCUAUAGUCGCGACCUUUGCCCUAAUGACGUCCCAUAUCAACCACCGUGUAACAUUCAUCCACCCCGCUGACGACAAUUUCGUGGAUAUCGACAUUGACACAUCUGGUAUCUUGACACUCCCAGUUGCCAACUUUCCACGUCAGGACCGCUAUCGCGUCCCUCAGGCGCUCGUCCCCGUCUCCAUCAAGAACUACUUGCAGGGGAUAUCGCAGCUCCGCAUCCAAUGGGCUUCCUACACUGUUUACCCCGCCAACCGCCUCUUCCUGGAAGUCGUUCAGCCAGGUCUCCACGUGCAUUUUACACCAGGCACCGCCAGUGAGGCCGACGCGUACCGCAACGUGGCCAGCCUUCUCGAGCAAUUCUUCGAACUUAAGGCUGAACAACACAACUUCACUCUCAGCACGUCCGCCACGUUGUUUGUGCCCUUAAAGACCAUUCCCGACUCGUUCAUCCUGAAUGUGGCGCUACUUUUGCAGCAUAGGCAUGGCGAGUUGGGCUAUUUGAAGUAUGCCGACACGCUCACACUCGCAUAUUCCGCGCAGAAGCAAGAGAUGGUGCUCCAGACGUACUUUUCCAGCUCUGCGGUGGUCAACGUCGCGUCUAAACAGGAUACCACCGUGUUCAAACCGCGUGACCAUGUGCGCACUGAGAUUGGUAUUUUCGGCAUCGACGAAAACGCCUCAUCCUUGGACGACUUCACCCUUAACGGGGUGAGGUAUGCUGUUGCUCCUGAUUCCCAGGUGGAGCGCACGUUUCUUCACGUCAAGCCACGCCACCGGACUGUGCCAUUUGCGUACAGCUCGCAGCUCUCCCUGGGUUUACAUCCUAAAACUACCAUCACCUUCAACGAUACUUUGGUGUCCCCCGAAUACGUGUACCAGUUCAUCGACACUUCGUCCAUCCCAGCUGACAUCUUGGCGGAGCAGAACUUGCCUCUGACGGAGAAGAAGUGUGCGUUGUUCCUCCACUACACUAUUCCCAAGGCGUACUUCUUCGACAAGUACCAGUUGCCAAAGGGUGCCGACUUGGUCGGGUACUGGGGCGAAACUGAUCUCGAGGCGCCAGAGUACGCUGUAGACGGGUGGGGAUCCGAGUUACUUCUCGAGUUGGACCAGGAGCUCGCCAGCCGGCGCUUGGAGUUGACGUUGCACUCACGGUACCAGACUCCAGUGAAUACAGAUACUCAGGCUGGACCGGACCAGGUCCAGAAGGAGAUCCCGUACCCGCACGUUUUCUACGCGUGUGAUCCGGACGUGGCGCCGCUCCGCGACCCGGAGUCGCGGUUGUUGGGUGUCUCGCCGUUCGACUCUAAGGGUUUGGGCUACGAGAGCUACUUCACCGGUAACACCGUGUUCUACCACUUAACAGCAAGUACGGCGUACUUGGCACAUACUGGCACCAUUCCCACCGCUGUCGGGAGUUAUUCCGAGAUUAACGCAAUGACGUCUGCUAUAGUGGGUCUUGGGUUUCUCUUCUUGCUCUGGAAGUUUGUGAGCAUCGGAGUGGGAAAGAAGCUGCUUAAACUGGCAAAGGAGGUGGGAAUGAAAGAGGUAAAGGUGUCGGUGUCAAAGAAGACGAAUUAGAUAAUCACUUACAAUGACGAUGCAUACAUAUUGAGAAAUUUACGCAAUGUAUGAACUAACUAUAACUAGUUACUCUAGCAGGGAGGUCGUCAACUUGGAUAUAUGACUGUAUGAAGAUAUAUAGGAAUGCAGAAG